CUUCGACUGAGCUUUGUAUUCAUUAUCGAUAGUCCUUUCAUCCGUCUUGGCGCGCGGCCGUGCGUCGUGGAAACGGCGUAGCCGCAGGUGUCCAGUGUUUGGGGGGGCGACUCAUUUUUCGAUUACCUCAUCUUUUGUUAUACUCGCCCGGUUUGAGGUGGCCGGUGCAUUACAUUCAUUUUACAUUUGAUUCAUAUUUCGCGGACCUCAAUGGCCUAGUUUCGGUCCGGUGGACUGCCUGGCCAAUAAACGAAGAAGAAGAAGAAGUCUCAUGAGACCACUCGAGCGGAGCGGUUCGGAUGUAGCCAUGGAUAAACGCACUAAAUUAUCAAUAUGCUUAAUAGCAUUAGAAAUUUUGAACGAAAGUAGCACUGAUAGUUCUUCCGAAGAUGAACUAAUUAUGAGAUUGCCAAUUCAAGUUCGACCUCGUGUUAAAAAUUAUAUGGAAACAGUCAAUGAAUAUUCGGAUAUAGAAUUUAAGAGUCAUUUUCGGCUAUCGCGUGUAGUGUUUACAUAUUUAUUAAAUUUAAUAAAACCCAGCUUAGAAAAGCAAGGUAAUGGAUAUGGACGGUGUCCAAUUCCUCCAGACGUACAAUUACUAGUAGCACUAUGGACUAUGGCAACACCUGACUCAUAUCGAUCAGUUUGUGACCGAUUCAAUAUUGGACGAGCAACUGCUUGGCGUGCUAAUAGAAAAGUCUGCUCAGCAAUUUAUUCUUUAGCACAUAAAUUUAUUAAAUGGCCUGAUGCAGAGGAAGCAGAAUAUACAUGGAUAGAUAUACAAUACAAAUAUAAGUUUCCAAAAGUACUUGGUGCUGUAGACGGUACCCACAUACAUAUACAUAAACCAAAGAAACAUGCAGAAAGUUAUGUCAAUCGAAAAGGUUAUUAUUCAAUACAGUUACAAGUUAUAUGUGAUUCCACCUUAAAGUUCAUACACUGCUAUGCAGGACAACCAGGAUCUGUGCAUGAUAUGCGUGUAUUCCGACUAAGUGGCAUCCAAUCUAUGUGCACAGAAAAUUAUUUUCCACAUAAUAGUCAUCUAAUUGGUGAUGCUGCCUAUGCUUUGCAAAAACAUGUGAUGGUGCCUUAUAAGAACAAUGGCCAUUUGUCAGAAGCACAAAUAAAUUUUAAUCAAAGUCUAUGUUCGGCCCGUGUAAUGAUUGAAAGAGCCAUCGGUUUUUUGAAAGGACGUUUUCGAAGUCUUUUAGAUAAAUUGUAUAUGAAACGGACGGAUCUCAUACCCCAAUACAUUAUUGUUUGUUGUGUGCUGCAUAACAUUUGUAUUUUACAUGAAGAUUUCAUAGAUGAUAUCAUAAUUGCCGAAAUAGAUAAUAUUGCUACGAUUCAACAUGGUGUUGAUGAAAUUAAUGCUCAAGAUAAAGAAGAAGGCAUUCAAAAAAGAAAUGCACUAACAUACAUGUUGAAUGAAAGAUUAUAAAUCAAAGUAAAAAAAUG